ACAUCAAAGACAGGAGUCAGGGGACAGGAAGUGAGGGGACAGGAAGUGAGGGGACAGGAAGUGAGGGGACAGGAAGUAAGGGGAAAGGAAGUGAGGGGACAGGAAGUGAGGGGACAGGAAGUGAGUGGUCAGGAAGUGAGGGGACAGGAAGUGAGGGGACAGGUAGUGAGGGGACAGGAACAGCAGUUCCCAAAACAGCAGUCUCUACCAUACCAACGACAGUCUUGCUCAGAACUUCUCUCACCCAGAAGAUCAGGCUAAGCGAUCAAAAGAAGACAAGCAGGAACAGUUACUUAGCCGUCAUCUCCCUUUCUGAGAACAAAUUUUCUGCAGCUGUUGUUAGAGGACAGCUGAAAAGCGUGGAUGAACGUACAAACUCCCCUUUUGAAUUCAGUUAUCCGGUGAUAUCUGAGGGUAUGGAAGUAGCGUUUGCAUCCUUGAACAUAUUUUUCUCUAUCACUGCGAUACUGGGCAAUCUUCUAAUCCUUAUUGCUCUUCGCAAAGUGACUUUGAUUCAUCCUCCAACGAAACUCUUGUUUCGAUGUCUGGCAGUCACUGAUAUUUGUGUUGGAAUCAUUUCACAACCGCUGUUUACAGUGGGGCUUAUUGACGAAAGAAUCAUAGUGUCCAGCUUCAUUGAUGUGAUACGGGUCUGUUCCUCUCUUAUACUUUGUGGAGUCUCGCUCUUGACAUCAACCGCAAUUAGUGUGGACAGACUUCUUGCGCUGUUGCUGGGUCUGAGAUACAGACAUGUUGUUACGUUAAGGCGGGUGCGAGCGCUAAUUAUCUUCUGUUGGUUUUUAGUUGCUGCUUCAUUUGGACGUCUCUACUUUUCAAGUUUUUUUCCUUAUGAAUAUAUUGUUUUAUUGUUUAGUUCCCUUAUCAUCUCAACUACUUCUUACGCCAAGAUCUAUUUCCGUCUUCGCCAACAACUGCUUCAUGUACAGGGCCUUGUUCACAACCAACAACAACAGCCCCCCAGCGGCGUUGUACCGACUGCAUUGAAUGUUGCACGAUACAAGAAAACAGUGUCCGCCAUAGCAUGGAUACAGCUUGGAUUAUUUGCUUGCUACUCUCCAAUUUGUGUUAACCCAAUGUUAGUGCAUUUUGGAGUGCUUUCCGGCGAACCUAUUAUUGUCUACAUUUCCUACUCGUUACUUUACUUAAACUCUUCUCUAAACCCCAUUCUUUACUGCUGGAAAAUCAGGGAAGUGAAACAAGCAGUAAAGGAAACAAUUAGACAGUUAAACUGUUGUUGUUAGCCAAAUUGAACAUUUACGUCGUACAAAACAAUGUAAAACUCUGUGGAAAAAAAGCAGCCGUACUUAAAUGCAGGUUAUAUUCAGACAAAGCCAAGGAACCGAGAAUCUCUCUAUCAAGGUGGCAGUUGUAAUUCUUCUGGUCUACCGAUAAAGAGUGGCUUUACGUCGGGCGGGCAGAGAAAUAAUGUCAAAAAUGAACCUACGUCAAGACGUUUACAGGUAACUGUUUUCUAAUUCUAUUUCUAAUACACCGAUGUAUUGACCGGCCACUGAGCAAAGCUGCAAAGCCGAGUUUCGGAAAGGAGAACCGGCUGUGAUCUACGAAAUAACCGAAGCUUCUGAUAUUCAAGUUCUUCUUUCUUGAGGUGGUCUAGAAGAUAUUUCGCUUGACAAAAACAUUCAAAUUUAAAAAGUGACAUGUAUGAAUAAUGUCUUGCCACAUGAUUUAAUGUAAACUGGUUAAAAUGUAUAAAUUUAACAAAGAUUGACAUUUCAUUAGCUAUUUUCCCUUUUCUUUGCGGAACUUUCAUAACUUCCCUCCUUCUUCGCAAAAUGUUUCUUGGGUUGUAAGGAUACAAAAAAGGAACAACCAAUCUUUUCGUCUCAUCGUUAAAAGCUAUACACAGCUUGAGCAAGAAAUGGCUGACACAUAUCCAGGCAGAUCUAAUCUGUAACUUACGAUAACAUCUCUCCUAAAGAAAAUUCCAUGCUGUUAAAUUUUAUAUUGAUGGUGGAAACGAUAGAUAGAACUUUGUUUGCGUUUUGUCUUUUCUUGAUCAUUAAUACAUAUUUUGACUUUACGGUCAA